ACAGACUGGGCCAGGCCGGCCCCUGCCUGGGCUGCAGUGGAGCCGGAGCCAUGAGGGUGGCGCUGGGCGUGCUCUGGCUCCUGGCCCUCAGGCCCCCGCCCCAGGCCUGGAGCUCCUGUCCGCCUCGGUGCAGCUGCAGCCGCCAGGUGCUGGGCGAAGGCAGCAUGGCCCGGACCGUGCUGUGCAACGACCCGGACAUGACCCUGCCCCCCGCAGCCGUGCCGCCCGACACCCGCCGGCUGCGCCUGGAGCGAACGGCCAUCCGCCGCGUGCCCGCCGCCGCCUUCGCUGCGCUGCGCCGCCUAGAGCAGCUCUGGCUGCCGCACAACGCGCUGCGCCGGCUGGGCGCGCGGCCGCUGCGGGGCCUGGGCCGCCUGCGGGAGCUGCGCCUGCCGGGCAACCGCCUGGCCGCCUUCCCCUGGGCCGCGCUGGGCGACGCACCGCGCCUGAGGCUGCUGGACCUGCAGGCCAACCGGUUGGCCGCCGUUCCGCCCGGCGCCGCGCGCUUCCUGCGCGCCCUCGCCUUCCUGGACCUCUCCAGCAACCGGCUGCUGCGGCUGCCGCCCGCGCUGCUGGCCGCCUGGGGCCCGCGGCCCACCGCGCCCGCGCCCCCGGGCCGCCCCGGGCUGGUCCUAGGGCUGCAAGACAACCCCUGGGUGUGCGACUGCCGACUCCACGACCUGGUCCACUUCCUGGAUGGCAAGGCCCCGCACCUGGCCCUCAUCGAGGCUGGGCUGCGGUGUGCGGGCCCGGGAGGCCUGGCCGGCGUGGCCUUCGGCCAGCUGCAGCUGAGGAGGUGCCAGGGACCCGAGCUGCGGCCAGCCGUGGCCAGCGUCAGGUCUCCCUUGGGCAGCACAGUGUUGCUUCGUUGUGGGGCCACUGGCGUCCCUGAGCCCCAGAUGAGCUGGAGGAGGGUCAGUGGGCGCCCACUCAACGGCACAGUGCACCAGCAGGUCUCCAGGGACGGCACCAGCUGGGCGCUGCUGGGCCUGCCCGCCGUGUCCCACCUUGAUGCCGGGGACUACGUCUGCCAGGCCAGCAACUUCCUGGGCGCCUCUGAGACCAUCACCUCCCUGGUCAUCGCUGAGCCCCAGGCUUCCACUGAGCACAGCGGGAGCCCGGGGGCCCCCCGGGCAGGGACAGGCGAGGGGCCGGGAGCAGCUGUGUACAACAGGCUGGUGGCCCGGCGUGCGCCCCCCACACCCGGGCCUGCAGGGCCCAGCACGGAGGACGUUGGGCCGACGGGACCCCAGGAGGCCCGGACAGUGAUGGCGCUCAAGGUGGUGGGGGACACGCGCCGGAGCGUGACGCUGGUGUGGAAGGCGCCCCGGGCCGGCGGUGCAGCCCUCAGCAUCCUGUACGCCGCCCUCGGGCAGCGGGCCAUGCGGCGGGUGGCCGUGCCGCCCGGGAGGACCAGGGUCACCCUCCGGGGGCUGCUGCCCGAGACCAAGUACGUGGCCUGUGUGUGCGCAUGGGGCCUGGCGCCCCGGAAGGAGCAAUGCGUCGUCUUCUCCCCUGACGAGGUGGCGGACGCCGAGGCCACUCAGCGGCUCAUCAACGCGGUGGUGGCCAGUGUGGCCGCGGUCAUCGCACUGCCCCUCACGCUGCUCGUGAGCUGCGGGGCCCUCCGCAGGCGCUGCCGCCGCGGCCGCGCCGGGCGCUCCGCCCAGGCCCCCAGCACCUACCUCAGCCUGGACGCGCUGAGCCUCGGCCUGGGCGAGGACUCGGGGGCGCGGCCCCAGCCCAGCCUCAGUGAGGCCGACGGGCUCCUGUCCAUCCGCGCUGGCUCCAGCCUGGACUCUGCGCCUGGGGACGCCAGCAGGGGUGGGUGGGUGGGCGAGUACUUGUGCUGAGGCUCCCCUGGCACACGGUGCCCAACACCUGCUCUGGCUCCUUCCCCUCCUCCCACGUGUUUGCCUGCUCGCUCCUCCACUCCACACAGCCACAAGAACUAGCACCCAUUAAAGCACUUCCUCUGUGCCAGAAAGUGUCUAAGUGCUUUCUGUGCAUUAACUUGUUUAAUUCUUACAACCAGCGUUUGCAGAAGACUCCUCUGCAUCCUCUCCGCACUGUCCCGGAGCGGAAGCAGGGCGCUCAGUCACUUGCUGUGGGACCCUCAUCAGAGCACUCCGGUGCUCGAGGCCAAGUUGCCACGCUCAGGUGCAAAGGCAGGACCCAGCGUGGCCCUGCCGGCCUCUCGGUACCGGAUGCUGGUGUCUGUUUGGCAAGAAGCCUCUUCCGCCUGAGCUCCUAUCCAGAGGCUGCGGGCCAGCAGGUGGCUGGCUCCUAUGUCUGCCGGCGGCUUUGUGGGAAGAACUACUGUUUAAUGGCUCCUUGUCAGCAGCGGCCGCUUGGUCUGCAGUAAGGCUCCCUGUGUGCCCACGACGUCUCACGUCUACUCCGUCUGAGCCUGGGCGUCCGAGGGCCUGUGCCCACACGCCUGUGCGGCCGCUUGGCCCCGAGCCACCAGCGGCACUUCCGUUUGCAUAGCCCACAGGUCUGGGAGUGGCAGGCUCUCCCCCAUCUUAUUUGGGGCCCAACAUGGAGAGCUGGUGGCCACCGGGGCAACUCCUUCUCGGGGGUCAGAUGAUACCAGAGGAAUGUGAUGCCUCUCACA